GAGAUUUCCCGAGAGUUCCGACGAAGCCAGACCUUUCUCUUGUUGGCUGCUGCUGCUGCCCUCCUGGCUCUCGUUGGUGUUUGUGUCGUCGGGUCGCGCACAAAUUUUGUGCUCUUUGUGUGUUGGUGGGAGUGUACGUGCGAGUGUGUUUGUGUGUGCGUACUGUGUUUGGGGGAAUCGACUACGAAGUGUCCCAUCCCAACCAACAAAGUGGCAACAACUCUGACAAUGAUGGUGGCCACUGGGGCCAUUGCUGGAUUAUAAAGAGAGCCCCCCCUCUUCGGAACACGGUUCUGACUGGUCCGGAGGCGGAAGGGGAAGCUGUGGGAAGAGCGUUUUGGCGUCCAGAGACACUGACCGGUCCAGAAUUUAAAAUAUUCCUGUCGUCGUGGAGAAAAGCACGUGUGCGUACGUGUGUGUAUGUGUGAUUAAAUCGCGCGCUCUCUCUCUUACCCGGCGUUUAACGCUGUGCAUGUGCGCCGUUUGUAAAGGUUGGUGUCCAUCGUCCGAUUAGAAGAAGGAAGAAUCGCCAACAAAAGGAAUGUGAACGAGCAGGAAGAUAAUAGUGUGUGAAUUGUGUGUGUUUUUGAGCGUGAAUAGAGCACCGAGAGAAUGCAGUCUCGUUAGUGUGGGGGGUUUAUUUUGAAGUUUGUUUUUUUUUUCACAUAUCCUUCUUAAGCUUGAGGGGAUUGCUCUCUCACUUACGUCAAGUGGCGAAAUCAGGCUCAAAAGAGGCUGCUUUGAGCAUCAGCGUGAUUAAGCGGGAAUGGAAGAGCGCUAAAGAAGAAGCGAAGAGAAGAGCGUAUGAGAUUGAAGAUUAGUAAUGCUUAAGGUGAAGAAACAUCGCGCGGCGUGACGACGACGACGAAGCAAGAUUGAAACGAAAAUUGCGAAUUUCGUCGAUGCGUUGAAAAGUUUAGUGUCGAUGACGGUGUAAUUACGGUGGAAGAAGCGCGAAAUCCCGCGGUUUUUUGUGUGACCUAGAAGAGUUUGAUUAAAACGAUCACGCGUUUGUGUGUGCGGAAGCCGCUUAGCGCGAAUUCCGCCAGGAUGAGCUAAGCCGGGGAGGUUGAUGAAGAUGGCACAGCAACAGACUGAGCUGAAAGAGAGUAUUGCAAGCGAUCAUCAUUUGGGCGCGGAUCAGCAACACCAUCAACCACAGACAAACAAGACGAGUAAUUUGCAAAAUGGUACCGAUACUCAUCCCGGUGGAAAGAAUUCUCAAAGUGGUCCAGUAAUGGGUGGGGAAAAGGGAGUGAAAUCUCCGGCGGCGGCAGGUGGCAAUGGCACCGGCGGUGGAUCUUCGCCGGCAUCCGGUGGACCACCGUCGGCCCAUCCGGAAGGGCCACCGCCCGGAAUGCAUCCGUACGAUCACAUGCCACCUACCAGCAAUGCCGGUCCAACCCAGCAGGACCCGGCUGCCAACAGCAAAGAAGGCGGUGGUGCUCCGGACAUGCACCACCAUCACCAGCAGCACCCGAUGCAGCAUCAUCCGCAGCAUCCCCAGCACCAGAUGUACGGCCAACCGCCGAUGCAGCACCAGCAGUACCCGCGCUAUCACCACGACCCAAACAUGCCCCCAAGCGGGCCCGACCCGUACGCCCACUACCGGAUGGGAGCCGGCGGCAAACCCGGCUCGAUGAUCCCCCCAAACCGGCCCCCUCCCAACCGGUACAUGCCACCGCAACAGCAGCAGCAACAACAUCCCGGUCAGCAACCACCACCCGGCCAAACGCCCACCCUGAACUCCCUGCUCCAGUCCCAUCCGCCCCCGCAGCAGCAGCAACAACAGCAUCGCUAUCCCAACAGCUACGAUCCAAACGCGGGGCCACCGCAGCAGCAACCUCCGGGUGGGCAGUCUGGCGGACAGCAGCCACCGCCGGGUGGGCCACCGGGACAGGGUGGACCGUACGGGGGUCAUCAGCAGCAGCAGGGAUGGGCACCGCCGCCCCGGCCGUACAGUCCGCAGAUGGGCGGAUCGCAGCCGUACCGACCGCCGCCACCGGGCAAUAACGCGCGCGGCCAAUCACCCUACCCGCCCGGUCCCCCCGGUCAGAGUCCCGGCGCCGGCUAUCCUCCCCAGCAAGGUCCCGCCCCCCAACAGCCGGGAGGUCCGCCACCACCACCUCCCGCGCAGCAGCAACAGGGAACGGGUCCGACACCACCUCCGGCGGGUCCCAACGGACCGCCACCUUCCGCCGGUGGUCCCCCGGGCCAGCAGUCGGCGACUCCGCCCACCACCGGAGCGGGCGGACCUCCCGGACCGCCCGGCAGCAACCAGUAUACUCCCUACCAGCAGCAGCGAUACCCGACGCCACCGAACGCCGGCGGUGGACCGAACCAUCGAUCGCCCUAUCCGCCACCGCACCAGUACGAACCAGUGAGGUCGUGGCCAUCGCCCGCGGCCAGCCCGGGCCCCGGCGGUCAGUCGCAUCUGCCACCGUCCCCGCACGGUCCGCCCCAGAGCCCGGGUGGCCAGCAGCAACCGCCACAGCAGCAGCACGGUGGUGCCCCCAGUCCGUCCCCGCAGCCGCCACAGCCCGCGCAGUCCCCGCAUCAGGAUUCAACGGGCCAAAACAGUAAUGACAGCUCGAGCGGAGGCGGAACUGGUGGUGUUUCCGCUGCGCCCGGCACACCCAACUCCCAGGGCAUGAGGCCUAGUCCGUCGCCGACUGGUUCCUCUGGGUCCCGAUCUAUGUCGCCGGCAGUUGGUCAGCAAAGUUUACCGAUGCCGCCGCGCCCCUCCAGUAGUCACUCCCAAGUUCCAAAUCAGCAGCAGCAAGCACCGAAUCAAUUAGGUAGUAGUAAUAGUAAUCUAGGCCACGGUAAUCAAUCGCAGCAGCAGCAGCAGCCGCCGGAUCAUUCGAGAGUUGCGUCCCCGAAUCGUCCUCCUUCCGGUGGUCCCCAGGGUCCACCACCGCCACCACAGCAGCAGCAACAGCAGGGCGGUAUGGCAGCUCAAGGUUAUCAGACGCAACCGCCGCAUCCGCCGCACAUGCACGGUGGCUACAAGAUGGGACCAAGUCCCGGCGGGCCGGGCGCUGGAAUGCCCGGACCGCAGCAGAUGUCACCAUAUCCGCCACACAAUCCUCAAUCGCAGCAGUAUUCACCACAUUCGCAGGGCAGUUACUCGCCCCGGCCACAGUAUCCGGGCGCGUACGGACCCUCACCGGGCGGUCCCGGAGGCCAACCCGGGCAACCUCCGCCCCCGGGUCCGCCGCCGAACAGUGUAGCCGGUGGUCCGGGCGGGUACCCCGGCCAUCGCAUGCCAAACCACGUCGGUGGACCGCCGCCACACUCCCAAUAUCCUCCCCACCAGCCGUACCAGCAGGGCUGGGGACCUCCCCAAGGCCACGUCAACAACCACCAGCAGCAACAACCCGGCCAACCGGGCAAGGGCAUGCCACCCUCGCCCCAGCAGCCGAAUCAAGCACAGUCCCAGCAGGGACCACCACCCGGGGGACCACCGCAAAGCGGAUCCCCGCGGCCCCUCAACUACCUUAAGCAGCAUCUACAACACAAGGGCGGCUACGGCGGAGCGCCCAGUCCAACGCCGCCGCCACCCCAGGGCUACGGCAACGGGCCCGGUAUGCAUCCCCCGAUGGGUCCACCCCACCACAUGGGCCCACCGAUGGGACCGACCAGCAUGGGUCCACCCUCCGGCACUCCUCCCAACCAGCCCCCGGGCCACCCCGGUCCCAACAGUCAUCCGGACGGGCUAGCACCACAGCAGCAGCAGCAACAGCAGCCGCAGCAACCGCCCCAUCCGGAAUCGGGCCCGCCCGGCAUGCUCGGCCAGCAGGACAACGGCAUCAGCUCGUCCGGACCGGGCGGCGGUGGCGGCGGCGGGUUGCCACAUCCAGUUACCUCACUCGUUACAACGGGACCUGAUGGCGCUCCUCUCGACGAAGUCAGUCAGCAGAGUACCAUAUCCAAUACCUCAGUAGCUUCCGGCGAAGACCCGCAGUGCUCGACGCCCAAGUCGCGCAAAGGCGGCGGCGGCGACCUGUACAACCAAAGUCACCUGGCCAACACCCCGACGACGGCGUCGCCCGGACCGCACAACCAGCACGAAGACUUCGAGAUGAACUCGCCCACAUCCUGGCCCCGGACGCCAGCUAGUCCAGUAUUUAACAGCCACGUUCCUCCCGCGGAGACUCCUUUUAGAUCGACUAAGAAAUCCGACAGCCUGAACAAGCUGUACGACAUGGACGACAAGCCGGAGCGGAGGCCCUGGCUGGACAAGCUGCUCGCGUUCAUGGAGGAGCGACGCACGCCGAUCACGGCCUGUCCGACCAUCUCCAAGACGCCGCUGGAUCUGUACAAGCUGUACGUGUUGGUGCAGGAGCGGGGCGGUUUUCUUGAGGUGUGUAAGGUUACCAAGAGCAAAACGUGGAAGGACAGUGCUCUCGGCGCCAGCAGCAGUGCGGCGUCCGAAAGGAAGCCCUCUCGGGGUGCAUCGACCCGCCCGAUCAUCGCCCAGGUCGAAGCGGGCUCCAAGAAGAAGUCGGCGAAAACCGCUUCGGUUCCCUCUCCGGGAUCCUCCAACUCGCAGGACUCGUUCCCGGCCCCGGGCAGCAGUAGCGCCUCGAUGGACGGCUACGGUGCCUACCCGGGCGGUGCAGGCUAUCCGCCGGGUGGUCCGGCCGGAGCAGGAGGAGCGGGCGGUCCCGGGGACUAUCCGCCGAAUGCGCCGGCGGGACAGACGCCGGGGGGACCGCCGACGCCCGGACAGCAGCCACCUUCGGUGGUGGGACAGCAGCGGCCACCGUCGCAGCAAAGCGGAACGCAAUCUCCUCAUCCAGGCUCGGCACCACCGACCACCGGAGAUAACAUUGCGGUGAGCAAUCCCUUCGAUGAUCCCGUCGGUCCCCAGCGGCCACCGUAUCAGCAGGGUGCUCCCUAUCCGCCGGCAUCGCGAGGGCCACAAGGUGCGCCCUACCAGGGACAGCCGGGAUCCUACCAGUACGGUGCUCCGGAUCAGUACGGUCCGGGAGGCGCCCCUGGUCAGUAUCCGCCGGGCCAGCAAGGACAGUACCCGCCCAGCAGUAGACCCAUGUAUCCGCCCUACGGACCGCCGGAAUCCGGCGAAGGACGAUCAACGCCACCCGCACCGGGAUCGGCACCGCCCGGAGCCGGCGGCGACCCGUACCGAGGCUACGGAAGUGGCCCCUAUCCGCCACCGCCCCAGCAACGACCCUACCAGCAGCAGCAGCAGCAGCAGCAACAACAGCAGCCACCACCAGUCCCAGGUCAGCAGGGUGCAGGCCCGUCGGGACAGACGGGACCACCGGGAGCGGGUCCGCCCGGCGUAGCCGGUCAGGGACCACCCGCGGCCGGAGGUCCUCCCGGAGGGCAACCGCCGACGGCAGGCGCCCAGGGGGGAUACCCGGGAACGCCGCCGCAAGGGCCCGGGCAGCCGGAUUACUACCGACAGGAUCAGCCCAACCAACCAAGGAGGCAUCCCGACUUUGAGAAGAACCAACAACCGUACCCGCCCUACCAGCAGCGACCCAUGUAUCCUGGCGGUUGGCAGGGCCAGGGCCAGUACCGCGGCCAGUACCCUCCGCAGGGACCUCAACCGCAACCGCAGUGGGGCUCGCACAACGGCCCCCGCCCCAGCGGACCACCCGGAGCACCCGGAGGUCCUCCGCCAGGCGCCCCCAACCAGUGGCCGAGCGCGGCCGAUCCGAACGCCGCGAAUCGGUACCCACCCGGUGGGCAGCCCCAGCAGCAAGGUCCGGGAGGACCACAAGGGCCGCAAGGUCCGUACCCGCCCCAUCAGCAGGGUCAACAGCAGCCCUGGAAUCAGAUGCCCCCGACGUCGCAGGGUUCCCCGCUGCGGCCACCGCCCCGCGGAGGCAAACCGUUCGCGUCGUCGAUGCAAGCUUCCGGCGGGAUGCCACCGGGAGGACCGGGAAUGCCACCCACGUCGCAGCCCCAGCAACCCGGCGUCGGGAUUCCUCCGGGAGGAAUUCCGCAGGGUCCGCCCACCGGACCAGCAGGGCCAGCGCCGAUGCCGGCGACGGGUCCGAGCGCGAAACCGAUGCAAGCUGGUCCACCGUUCCCGCCGGCUAACGCCGGAGUCGCCCCCAAGCGGGACAUUGUCUUCCCGCCGGACAGCAUCGAGUCGACGGCGCCGAUUCUGUACAAGCGCAAGCGCGUCGCCAAGUUGGACAUUGGCCAGACCGAUCCGUGGCGGAUAUUUAUGGCGCUGCGGUCGGGACUGCUGGUGGAGAGCACGUGGGCGCUGGAUGUGCUGAACAUUUUGCUGUUUGACGACUCUUCGGUGUCGUUCUUCGGGCUGUCGCACCUGCCCGGGCUGUUGAACCUUCUGUUGGACCACUUCCAGAAGAGUUUGAGCGAUAUGUUCGACACAAAGGACCGGAGGAACCGGUUCGGUCGGGCGUACGGAUGGUUCGGGAAGGACUUGGUCGAGAGUGAUGAGGAGGAAGAGGAGGAGGAGGGAGAGGAGAAGAAGGCGAUUGAGGCCGUUGAAGUCAAGAAGGAGGUCGAGGACGGCGUAGAGAUCAAGCUGGAGAAUGGAGAGUUGCUGGACGAGGCCAAGCGGAAAGAACGGUUACGAGGGAGCAAGCGAUCUCGCGGUGCGGAGUUGGAUCUGGGAUGUGUGCUGGAAGUGCCAACGCCGGACGAACGGAUAGUGGUGUUCAACGCCACCACCAACUACACGAUGAGUUCGCGCAAGGGACUACCGGUGAAGAUUCAACCCGCGGAUGACGACGUGUUUGUUCUGCAGCACCGUCGGGACUGGGACCGGACGGCGGACGAUCGGUACCAUCGGGAAACGGACGUCGGCGGCGAUCCCUGGACGGCGGGUCACUCCGAACCGGACCCGCACGACUACAUCAUGGACGCGUUCCAGGCGGAGUUUGUCAACAUUCCAUUCGCGCGCAUGAUCAAAACGAGCCGCCGGUACAAGGCACGCUGCAAGAACAACAACAACAACCUGAGCAGUAACAACAACUGCAAACGGAUGCAGAAGCGGGGUUCGUUCGUGACGGACAGCAGCGAGGACGAAAGCGAAGGCGAUGUAGCGGCGUCGACGACGAAUGGGAUCGUGAAUGGGACGUCGGCGGUGGACAGCGGAGCCGAAGAGGACUGCAAGCCGGCGGUGACGGUGAAGAAGGAACCUCCGUCGAGUGACGCCGACUGUCGGGAGAUCGACAUGGAGUUGGAGAAGAGUAGCAAUCUCUCGAAUGGACCCCAGCAGGAGGAGGGGAAGGAUGGCAGUGGGGAGGUCAAGAUGGAGAUUGAGGAGGAAGGUGGCGUUGCAGUCGCCGCUGUUGCUGGAGUUGAGGAGAAGAAGAAGAAGGUGGUGGAGGAGAAGAAGUUCAACGUGGCGGCGACGGUGCGAGAUCCGGCGCGGGUGUUGAAGCGCCGGAAGAUGAGCGACUACGAGGACGAGUGCUACACGAGGGACGAAGCGAGUUUGUACCUGGUGACGGAGGGACACGACGCGCUGGCUCGGCGCUGCGUGGCCAUUUCGAACAUUCUGCGCAAUUUGUCGUUUGUCCCUGGGAACGAGACUGAGUUUGCGCGAUCUUCGAGGUUCCUGUCGAUCUUGGGGAAGUUGCUGUUGCUGCAUCACGAGCAUCCGGUGCGGACGAAGAAGACGCGCAACUACGACCGGGAAGAGGACGCCGACUUUAGCGAUUCGUGCAGCAGUUUGCAGGGCGAGUCGGAAUGGUGGUGGGACUUUUUGGUGCAAAUCCGGGAGAACAUGCUCGUUUCGAUGUCGAACCUGGCCGGUCAGCUAGAUCUGUCCCGGUUUGACGAACCCAUCUCGCGACCCAUCCUGGACGGUCUCCUGCAUUGGUCCGUCUGUCCCUCGGCCCACGGCCAAGAUCCCUUCCCAACGCUUGGAUCCAACUCAGUAUUAUCGCCCCAGCGACUUGCCCUCGAGGCCCUCUGCAAGCUGUGCGUCACCGACGCCAACGUAGACCUGGUGAUAGCGACUCCGCCCUUCUCGCGGCUCGAAAAGCUCUGCUCGGUGCUUACUCGACAUCUCUGCAAAAACGAAGACCAGGUGCUGCGCGAGUUCUCCGUCAACCUGCUGCACUACCUUGCCGCCGCGGACAGUGCCAUGGCGCGAACGGUCGCGAUGCAGUCCCCGUGCGUGUCCUACCUGGUGGCCUUCAUCGAGCAAGCCGAACAAACGGCCCUGGGCGUUGCCAACCAGCACGGCAUCAACUACCUGCGCGACAAUCCCGACUCGAUGGGCACCAGCUUGGAUAUGCUGCGUCGAGCAGCCGGAACGCUCCUACAUCUAGCCAAACACCCCGACAAUCGGCCACUCUUCAUGCAGCAGGAACAACGCCUGCUCGGCCUCGUCAUGAGCCACAUCCUGGACCAGCAGGUCGCCCUCAUCAUCUCCCGGGUCCUGUUCCAGUGCUCGCGCGGAACCGGCCCCCUCACCACCAUGGAAAUCGAAACCAACACCCCAAAACCGAAAAAAUCCACCUCCCCCAACGACCACCACCCGUCCGAGUCGUCCAAAUCGUCCAUGCAUUUAAACUCGAUCAUCGCCUCGAACGCUUCGAGUGGCAACGCCGCCAGCAGCAUGGCCCCACCCCCACCGGCGGCCGCCCCCUCCGGCAACAGCUCCGGACCGCACUCGAAGGCUGCCUCGUCGGAACCGCUAACCCAACUGACGACGGCCACCUCUUCCUCGAUGCCGGCCCCGGCCGCACCGGUCAACUCGGCACCACCCGCGUUUGUGCCGCCUCCGCCACCUGCGCCACCGGCGCAACCGGAAGCGGCUCCGUCGCCGCCUGCGGCAGCUCCGGCUCCAGCCCCGCAGCAGCAUCCCAUCACGGCUUCCUCGUAGUGGAAGAAAUCGCUAAUGCUGAAGCACAUUCAGCUUUAGGCGUCGCGGAUUGCAAAUAGUAGACAAUUAGGCAGGCAGAUCAUUGUGAAUAGUACAUUUUAAGAGAGAGAGAGAGAGAGAGGGAAGAAUGAGAGAGAGAGGGUGAGUGAGCGUGUGUGUUAGCUUAGUGAGAGAGGGAGAAGCAAAAAUGCAUUAAUGCGAUAUUAUGUGUUAGUAAUAUGUAUUGUGUAAAACAGAGAAGUUCUACCAUAAAACAAAUAGAAAGCGCAUAAAACAAAACAAGAAGACGAGAGCGGCAAAUGUCUUCGCAAAAAUGGUGUAGAAUAAUGAAAAAAGCAGAUUGGACGCAGGCGAAAUGAAUUUUGAACGAACGUUUGUUGUUGAGAACAAUUACGCAAGCAAAAAACGAAACUAAAAACGGGACUUUUUUUUCUUUAAUCAAACUACGCGAACUCUAAUCAGGAAUUAUUUAUGUUGUUUUGUUUGCUACUUCUAAGUGGGGGUUUGUCCGUUGUUUUACUGCUCUGGGUUUGUCUUGAGUGUGGUUUGAUCAGAAUUUACCAUUUCAUUUAUUUAAACAUUUAUUUUUUCAAGUGACUUUCAAGAAAUGUUGACUUGAACAGUUUGAACCUUCCGUAAAAGAUUGCAUACAAGUUUGCGGUACUAGAUCUAGACGAGGUACCAGAAUUUCUCACAUUUCUGUUUGAUUCCAACUGAUUUCUUGUUCUUCAAGCGAAGAGCAUCAAAAGUGUAAAACUCUGAAACGCAUAAAACAAGAUAUUUAGGCUGAUUGGUGUGGCAACUACUAAAAUGAACGAAAAACAAAAGUUAGAAAAAAAAACCAGCAAAAAAAGGAACUAAACUGCAAUUGUGUAUACUCAUAGCGUUAAUUGAUUUUAGAGAGAGAAAAAUAACACACACACAAAAAUAAAACUGACGCAAGCUUAUCCAGGACGACGACGAAAUUGACAAAAGUUGUACAUUUUUACAGACGUGGAAAAACUGCAAGAAACCUACUUAACUAAAGUUGAAAUCGCUAAUUGGAUUGGGAAAAACGUGUAAUUAUUAUUUAUUUUGAAAAAAAGGUGGAAAAAGGGCGACGAAAUUCAACACACACACACACACAGACACACAACAAAUAUUGAUCUAUUAACUGAUUGAUAGUGGAAGUAAAUUAAUGUGUUAGAAGUGUAGCUAAAGUAAAACGUAUAUAUUAUAGUGAAAGAAAGAAGAAAAUCAUUGCAGAAAAACAAAACCCAGAAAAAAAAAACCAUUACACCCUAGCAUAUUACAAAAAAGUGGUACUAGAACGUGGACGUGGCUUCGGCGUGCGAGCGAGUGGUACUAGAAUGGUGGUUUGUGGUGGACCGCCUCCUCUGGUACUUCCUCUCCUGACACAAGAGCACACUGAAAAGAAAAAAAAAGAAUCAAUCGGAAUCUCUGUUAGGACUUCGGGGUUAAACGUAUAUUUAACAGGGGGAGUUUGACGGAAAAUUGAGGAGGAAAAAAAGCUGCUAAAAUAAAAACUAGUGAGAUAUACGGUUUAAGAUCUAAGCUGGGAGGAUACUUGAGUGUGGGCAAAAGAAAAAAAACUAGCUGUGGUAAAUUAAAGUAAUGAAAAAAAGGUGAAAACAAAAUAAAUAAUAAACAAGUAAAUAUAAAUAUAACGAAAACAAAAAUAUCUAAUUUUCUUCCCACUUUUUUCCGUUGUACAAGUGAAUGUGUUAAGGUUAGGAGUAUAAAAUAAAAAAGAGAGUGAAAAAAUGAGAGAGAGAGAGAGAGUGAAAAACUUACGAAUGAGCGCGACGCGAGUGGUGAACGCAUGAGAGAGGACUAAUUUUAAUAAAAAACAGAACAUAAGUAACAGAAAAUGGGAUUAGAAUAGUUGAGCUAUGUGUACAUUUGAAUGAUGCAAACAAACAAAUAAUCGCUGCUUAAACACUAGGACUGUCCGUUUUCGUAGGUUUUGUUUUGUUCUUACCUAACAUAAAAAAGAAGAGAAAGGAAAUAGACUAGCCUCGUUUUUUCUUCAGCGAGAAAACGUGUUAACUUAUUAUUUUUCUCCGUGCAAGCAGCAGCAGCAGCAAAAAGUAGCCAGCCUAGUAGAACCCAUUUCCUUUGCGCUCCCAGACUUUUGUCAUCGAACUUGUUUCUCAAAAACAAAAAAAUAAGGGAAAAGUAAAACACGCAACGAUGAGAACAAACACACACGCGCGCAGUUGUAGUUUCAAACAAGAUACAACAAAAGUAAGCGUAAAAAGUAUAUAUUAAAAAAAGAAAGUCUUUAUUAAGGAGCUAAUGUUAGCUUGUAGGACGGGAACUCUUAAUAACCUAUUAUUUAAAGAACAAACAACACACACACACACACAGCUCGUAUCGACAACAACAAGAAAAAAAGGGGGAAGGAAGGUAGAAAGCUGCAUAAAGAAAUCACACGAAAGAAAGAAAGAAAGGGAAACCUAUAUAAAUGUCAAAUAAAUUCAAUUAAGGCUAAUUUAACAUUUAAAAAAAGCAACAGCAACAAACAACACAAAACAAGCAGAAACACACACACACGCAUUCGAUGGACGAAAGUGGGGUAAAAUAAGCAAAACAAAAGAAAACAAGAGAUGCAUACGAGAGAAAAAAAAACCACAAUGAAACAAAAACACACAGACGUACACGAGAAGCUAAAUGAGUAAGUUAGCGAGAAGAAGAUGAAGAAAAACAAGUAAAAGAAGAUGAAAA